UGUCUCAACUUCAGCAGUUCCAGCUCGUGGAGAUACCAGUUGUCUCAGUAGCAGUCUCUGUCACGCUGUGACCUGCAGGUACUGGGAGAUCUGUAGGGAGGACACCGGGACAUCUCUGAAGCUGGGAAAUGAAGGAGCAGUUGGGAACUUCAGUAUUUAAAUGUGAGAAGGCAUACAGAAGAACUAGGGCAAUGGAUACUGAGGAAUUGUUGAAAUUCAGAGAUGUGUCUAUAGAAUUCUCUAUGGAUGAAUGGGACUGCCUGGACCCUGCUCAGCAGAAUUUGUAUCGCGAUGUCAUGUUAGAGACGUACAGACACCUGGUCUUCCUUGGGCUUGCCGUCUCUAAACCAGAGCUCAUCACCUGUCUGGAGCAAAGGAAAGAACCUUGGCAGGUGAAGACUCACCAGACAGUGGUCAAGCACCCUGGUAGGUUGGAGUGAAUGAAGCAGAGAACACUGGUCAGAGGUCCAAAGUUGAAGGUGGAAACCAGACAAUGCAACGUGAUUAGG